CUGCACUUUCAUGAGUCCUAGCGUGGAGACUUCUUAUCUCAACAAUUGAACAAUAAUCGCAAGAUAUUAACUGUAGUCUGGGUUUUUGAAGAUGGAGACGGAAUAUGCCACAUACCGAGAAACAGUUGACCUACACUCUGAUGAUGACGAUUUUGAUCGAGUUUCAUUGCUUGAAGAUGAAACACAACUUGAAGAUGAAACACAACUUGAAGAUGAAACACAACUUGAAAAUGAUGAUCUCAGUAACUCUGAUGAAGAGGAGGAUUAUCAGGAACUUCUCACUAGGUCAGAGGCGAAAUCAGAAAAGAGGGGCAGACCGGUGGGUUACCGAAAACAUGAGCGGCAAGAACGGGAGACCAAAAAGGUGAAGAAAGACCUGCUGCCACUGGAGGUUUUACAGGCUUACUUGUGUUGUAGCCUAAUGUGUUUGGCAGCAAUGCCAAUUGAAGUGAUGCGCACGGCAAGAGACAGUGUUCAACAGCUGUCCUUGUUAGAGCGCUCACAGUGGAUACUCAAUUGGAUUUCUACUCACACACAGAAACCUGAAAACAAGACAGUCUUCAUAAUUGAAGGCGUGAAAGUGUGCAAAAGUGCUUGGUUGAAGUGUCUGGGGAUUCCACUUAGUACUUACUACGCCUUGUGGACAAAAUUUACAGAUGGCACCAAAUAUUUGGUGGGACCUGGCAAGGUGCUUGGAGCAAAGACUGUGGAAACACAGUAUGCAUUGUCUUGGCUGAGCAGCUUUGCCAGUCGUUAUGCUGACAAGAUGCCAGAUUCUAACAAACUUCAUCUUCCCUGCUGCUUAAAAAAAAAAGAUGUGUACAACAUGAUGUGUGUGGAAGCAGAGGUGUAUGGCGAACAUCCGAUCAGCCAUACACACUUCAUGCGGGUGUGGGCCAGGUACAUGCCACACAUCAUCAUUCCUAAGAGAUCCAGAUUUUCAGCAUGUGAUGUGUGCACAAAAAUAAAGACUGAAAUUGAAAAGGCAACAUGCAGGGAGGAAAAGAAAAAACUAUUCAAAUUGAGAGAAUUACAUUUACAACAGCAGAACCAGGAACGCCAGAAGUACUAUAAGCAUGCGCAAAAGGCAAAGUUUAGCCCUGCCAGAUACCUGUCUAUCAUUCUGGAUGGGAUGAACCAGGAGAAGACAAGCCUUCCACAUUACCUGAAGGAAGCAAAGGGACUGUCUAACCUCUGGAAGGUGAAAGUUAAUCUCAUGGGUGCCAUUGUCCAUGGAUAUGGUGCCUAUGGAUUUUUUGACACCUUCCAGUGGGCUCAUGGCAGUUCCUUUGCUAUCAGUGUUCUGGUUCAUACCCUUCUGCUUAUGACCAGUCUCCCUCCUGUUCUCUACCUGCAACUAGACAACUGUCCAGGGCAAAAUAAAAACAGAUACAUGCUGGGAUUCCUGGCUGCCUUGGUGGAAUAUGGUGUUUUUCAGAAAGUCAAACUUUCAUUCCUCAUGGUGGGACAUACACAUGAGGACAUUGAUCAAAUGUUUUCCAGAUUUUCAACAUGGUUGUGGACAAAGGAGGUGAGGACACUUGAUGAACUAAUAAUUGGCUUCGAAAAAUGUUACACACCUGCACCCACAGGGAUCAAGCUCAGUGAGGUAUACAACUUUGCUGAGUACCUCGACAUGAAUCCCAUUUGUAACCACAGCAGGCCACAUGUUUUCAAAAUAAUAAAUCAGAAUGGCAAAGCUGUGAUUUACACAAAAAAGUGGUCCACCGACAAGACUUGGAAUGUAUGCGAAGGAAACUUCUUGUUGAAGAGUUGCCCGUCAGGACCAGUUUCACAGAUUGCCCCAUCGUUGGAACGCAUUGAUGAUAAGGUCAUCAAUGAUAUGCAGACGUUUGCUUCUUUCUACAAGGACAAUGCCAUGGCCAACUACUGGGACAAAUAUUUCAAUGAACUUAAGGAAAUAGAGGACAGUUGGAUGGAUGAGCCAAUGCACAUCCUUGAUCUGCUUAUGCAGAAAAGGAGGCAAGAGGACACAGCAGCCUCAGAUGACUUAUCGGACUUGCUGGGAAUCGCAAAAAUAGACGAUCCCAUCCCUCCUGUAAUAAUAGGCAACAAGAAGGCUGCUGCUGCCUCUGCUGCUCCAGCGAAAGAAACGAUCAAAGAAGGCUUCUUUGUUUUACUUGACUGGGCGAAAUAUGCAGAUGAGUGGCCCCAGCUUGCCAAAGUCAUUAAUAUUGUAUCGCCUGCAGAGGUUGAAAUUCACUGGUACAAGGGGGCAAAAACAACAGCCUGGACUCCUGCAAGUAGGAGAAUGAAAGGCUGCAAAGGUGGUAAGACUGAACCCUUUGUUGAAACUGUGAACACCAAUGUCAUCUGGUGCAGAGGGUUCAGUCUUACCCCUUCUGGGCACUUGCCCAAACACAUUAAGGAUCAGGUAGAUGUUUAUUUUGACUAG